CAUCCUCCAGGUGUGAUGACUGAUUGUAUUUUCUCUCCCCAGGUGUACUUGGCUCGUACUGAAGGCUCCUCUUCGGGAAAAGUCAGCUGGAAGUUUGACUUUUCCUCGGCGGGGAUGAAGGUUUCGUCUGUCUCCGUCUCAGCUAAGAGUGAGACCUUCCACUCGGGGAGCGUCUGCUGGACCCUGCAGGCCGGAGAGAGAACUGCAGCGUUCACUGGAGAUGGGAAGAUGCAGGACCUCCCGAGUGUCUCCGGCUGCUCAGAGUUCAUCAUUGAAGCCGGACUGAGCGGAGGAGAGGGGGAAACAACAUGGCAGCACUCUCAGAUCUUCAGGCAAAGCUUAAAGGAGACGGAGGAGCCUUCGUUUGAGAUCCUCGUACACUUAGAAGAUGCUUAACAGUUGUUUUUAUGGAUGGUAUCUAAAUGUGUGGGAUGAGGGGUUUGUAUGAUGACAAAACAGUGCAAUAUGUACACGUGUGAGUUCUCCAGGAUGAGUAUAUAUGAAUGGAUGAUUGGUAGAUGAAUGAGAACAUCGCAGAGUAAAAACACUUUGACCAAAUAAAGUCCAGAAACACUGCAUGUAAAGCGUUUUAAACAUGUUAGAUUUGCCUUCACUGUAAAAGUCAUUUGAGACAGAGAGGAGUCAUCGUCCACUUAGAUGAUAAUUCAAUAUUGUGUAUGCUUAUUGUUGGAAUAAUGGAUCUGUAUGAUGACAAAACAGUGCAAUAUUUACAUGUGUGUGAGUCCUCCACAAUGAGUAUAUAUGAAUGGAUGAUGAUUGACAAGAUGUUGUACCCAUCGCAGAGUUAACACACACCAUUUGACCAAAUAACCUGUAAAACAUGCAGUCUAGAAACACUACAUGUAAAGGGUUUUAAACAUGUUAGAUUAGCCUUCACUAUAAAAGUCAUUUGUGAUGCACGGAGUCAGAGGAGGUCUCAUUUGAUAUCCUCGUACACUUAGGAGAUAUUUAACAGUUGUUUUGCUUCUUGUUGGGAUAAUAGAUCUGUAGGGUGAGAAAUUGGUGCAAUAUUUAAAUGUCUGUAAGAUGAGAUGAGAUGAGAAUAUAUGAAUGGAUGAUUGACAGGAUUUUGUACCUUUCACAGAGUGAAGUCAUACAUUAAACAUUGAUUUGACUAAAAGCAGAAUAACCGAUGACAUAUGUGGUCCAAAAACCCUGCAUGUAAAGAGAUUUAAACAUAAAAAAGGCCAUUGUUUUUGUUAAAUUGGCCUCCGUUUGUGAUGCAUGGAGACAGAGGAGUCUUAAAUUGAUAUGCUCGUCCACUUAGAAGAUACUAAAGAAUUUUUUUACUAAUGUUAAACCUUAUUGGGGGCUUAAUUCUGAUUUAAUUGCUGGGAUGAUCGAUUUGUAUAAAGACAAUUUAGUGAAAUAUUUAAAAGCGUGUCAUCUUCCAGGGUGAUUAAAGUGAAUUACAUAUUGAAGGGUAGGCUAAAGUCACAUAUUUUAAACUUUGAUUUUACUAGAGUUACCUAUGAGACACGCAGUUAAAAAUACACAACAUUUUGACAUUAUAAGCCAUAGUCACAUCGUCAUCGGUUUUGCAUGGAGACAUUCCCUAGACGCCAGAUUUCCAGCUAUUAAUAAACUAAUUAUUGGUCUCAUUUAUGGCAUUUGUACACCUUGCCAUGCAUACUUAAAUCCAUGUGUACUAAUAUAAACUGAGUGUUGUUGUUGUGGAGGAAAGGGAUGAAUGUUGGGGGAAUAUAUGAUGGGAUAAUAAAGAU